CACACACACACCCGCAAACUUUCUCUCAAGCUUUCCAUCACUUUCCCAAGAAAAGAAAAAAACACAGCCAGAGAAAAUGCGUGAGAUUCUUCACAUCCAGGGGGGCCAAUGUGGGAACCAGAUCGGAGCGAAGUUCUGGGAGGUGGUUUGCGCGGAGCAUGGGAUCGACUCGACGGGUCGUUACCAGGGAGACACGGAGCUCCAGCUGGAGCGGGUGAAUGUGUACUACAACGAGGCGAGCUGUGGGCGGUUCGUGCCACGCGCGGUGCUGAUGGAUCUGGAGCCAGGUACGAUGGACAGUGUGAGAUCCGGGCCGUACGGGCAGAUAUUCCGACCAGAUAACUUCGUGUUCGGGCAAUCGGGUGCGGGGAACAACUGGGCCAAGGGGCACUACACGGAAGGGGCGGAGCUAAUCGAUUCGGUGCUUGAUGUGGUGAGGAAGGAGGCCGAGAAUUGUGACUGCUUACAAGGGUUUCAGGUAUGCCAUUCUUUAGGAGGUGGGACGGGGUCAGGAAUGGGGACCCUGCUGAUAUCGAAGAUAAGGGAGGAGUACCCGGACCGAAUGAUGCUCACCUUCUCUGUGUUCCCAUCCCCCAAGGUCUCCGACACCGUCGUUGAGCCCUACAACGCCACCCUCUCUGUCCACCAGCUUGUCGAGAACGCCGACGAGUGCAUGGUCCUCGACAAUGAGGCCCUCUACGAUAUCUGCUUCCGCACUCUCAAGCUCACCACCCCCAGCUUUGGGGAUUUGAACCAUCUCAUUUCUGCUACCAUGAGUGGUGUCACAUGCUGCCUUCGCUUCCCUGGUCAGCUGAACUCCGACCUUCGCAAGUUAGCCGUAAACUUAAUUCCGUUCCCACGGCUUCACUUCUUCAUGGUUGGCUUUGCACCUCUCACUUCUCGUGGUUCCCAGCAAUACCGAGCCCUCACUGUCCCUGAACUCACUCAGCAAAUGUGGGAUGCUAAGAACAUGAUGUGUGCUGCUGACCCUCGACAUGGCCGAUACCUCACAGCAUCAGCCAUGUUCCGUGGCAAGAUGAGCACAAAGGAGGUCGAUGAGCAGAUGAUAAAUGUGCAAAACAAGAACUCAUCCUACUUUGUGGAGUGGAUCCCCAAUAACGUGAAGUCCACUGUGUGUGACAUCCCUCCCACUGGCCUGAAGAUGGCUUCCACAUUUAUCGGAAACUCUACAUCAAUUCAAGAGAUGUUUAGGAGGGUCAGUGAGCAGUUCACGGCUAUGUUCCGCAGGAAGGCGUUUUUGCACUGGUACACGGGGGAGGGCAUGGACGAGAUGGAGUUUACUGAAGCUGAAAGUAACAUGAAUGACCUGGUUUCUGAGUACCAGCAGUAUCAAGAUGCAACUGCAGACGAGGAAGAAGAGUAUGAGGAGGAAGGUUAUGAGGAAGAGGCUUAACAUACAAGUUCUGUUGGUUUUUUCUGUAGGAUAGUAAUGAAUUUACUCUGGUUCUAGUUUGUGUUUGUUCUGCUUUGGAGUGUCUCUAAACAUUUGUGGGGUUUGGUGUUGCAAUGCCGCAUUGCCUGUGUCUGGGUGUGCAUCCUUUCUUUUUGUUGUUGUCUCCACAAUUAACAGAACUUUUGUUUGGAUUAAUGCUUUCAUAUGGUAGUUUCUUUUUUCAGUUUUCAUA